GGCGCCCCCGGCCCCGCACUCCUGCCGCACCAUGGCCGCGCUCUGGACGCUCGUCCUCACUGCCUCCUGCAUGCUGACCGCAAUACCGGACCUCGCCUGGGCGGGGCACUCGAGCGGUAGCAGCAGCAGCAGCAGCUCGGAGGCCUCCGUGUCGUCGUCCGAGGAGAGCUUGUCGGCGAGGCUCGAGUCCAGGAUCCACCGCUGUGUGCGCGGUGCCUCUCCGGGGCUCGUCCUCCCCGUGGGCAACUUUGAACAGCUCACCAAGGUGGAGGCGUGCGCCGAUGACGGCAUGUCCGCGUUGUUCGGCGGCACCCCGGCCCCCGCCGUCAAGGACCAGAUAAACGGCUGCGUCGACGGCAAGGCUUUCCCGGACGCCGUUAUGCCCGCCGUCAAUUUGUUCAAGGACUGCGUGACGCGGGCGCUCACAUGAACACGGCCUGAACUUUCUGCGAAGCUGUUCAGUCAAACUUGUGUUUUGAAAAUGCUAAUAAAAUUGUUACGACACCACACAAAAUUA